AUGAAUCCCAGCAUGGGCCUGUGUCAGCACAGAGGAACCUUGAAACAACACCAGAAAAGGAUGAGGAAACACUGUGCGAUCAAACAUGGAAUAUUCAAGGAAUUCCUGGCAGAAUUCCUCGGGACCUUUGUUUUGGUUUUGUUUGGCUGCGGCUCCGUUGCCCAAACUGUUCUGAGUCGAAACUCCUUGGGUGAGCCGCUCACCGUGCACAUUGGCUUCUCCGUUGGACUGAUGAUGGCGGUUUACGUGGCCGGUGGGGUAUCAGGGGGCCACGUGAACCCUGCGGUCUCCCUGGCUAUGGUCAUCCUUGGCAAACUGAAGAUUUGGAAGUUUCCUCUCUACAUCAUCGCUCAGUUUCUCGGUGCGUUUGCAGGAGCUGCUGCAGUAUUUGGAUUAUACUACGAUGCUUUCAUGGACUUCACCAGUGGGAUUCUGUCGGUGACGGGAAUCAAUGCGACCGGUCACAUAUUCGCAUCCUACCCGGCGAGGCACCUGUCCAUUCUUGGAGGAUUUAUCGACCAGGUGGUGGGCACCGGCAUGCUGGUUUUGUGCAUCUUAGCCAUCAUUGAUGGCGGAAACAUUGGUGCCCCCAAAGGUGUUGAGCCCCUGGCUAUCGGACUGAUCAUCAUGGCCAUCGGUGUGUCUAUGGGACUCAACUGUGGCUACCCCUUAAACCCUGCCAGGGACCUCGGACCACGACUUUUCACCGCCGUGGCAGGAUGGGGGAUGGAGGUUUUCAGCACGGCAGACUACUGGUGGUGGAUCCCUGUGGCGGGUCCUAUGGUUGGGGCCGUGGUGGCGGCCGUCCUGUACUACUUGCUUAUUGAACUUCACCAUCCACGCUGCGAAGCCGAGAAGCCACAGGAGGAUGGGGCCGAGGAGGAGGAGGAGGAAGAAGAUGAGGAGGACGAGGACUGCAGUAUGAAGGACAAAUACGAGAUGAUCACCAUGAGUUAA